UGUAGCAGUACUUUCCCCUGCCCCUCAACGAGUCCUGCCCGGUGCAUCUGAGCAUGCUCAUAAGCAGGCGAGCAUAGCGUGUCAUAAAACCCUGCUCGUUGAGGGGCAGAGUAAAGUACUGCUACAACGGGAGAUAGAGUGAGAGGGGGCUGCCCUCCUAGUGCGUCAGCGCCUGAGAGUCAAGGGAGCCGGCUCCCCAGCCUGCCUUGCGGGCCAGGACUAUACCUCCCAGCCUGCCUUGCGGCCCUCGGCUCAAAGCCCGCGUUUUCCUGUCACACGGCAUGCCUUGCGCGCUCGGCACUCUGCAGCGCGGAGUGCGAGGACUGCGUUUCCCAGCGUGCCUCGCGGCCGGAGUCUGCGGGGCACCCGGAAUGCGGUCUUAAACACAGAGGCGCGCACCGUGGAGGCAGAUGUCUUGAGCCGCCGCUGCGUGAUGAUGCGGCUGAUGGAUUUCUCCUACGAACAGUACCAGAAGGCCCUCCGCCAGUCGGCCGGUGCCGUGGUGAUCAUCCUGCCGCAAAGCAUGUCGUCGGUGCCCCAGGAUGUCAUCCGGCAAUUCAUGGAGAACGAGCCAGAGAUGCUGGCCAUGGAAACCAUCGUGCCGGUCUACUUCGCCAAAGAGGACGACGAACUCCUCUCCAUCUACGACCAAACGCAGACCGCCUCUGCGUCGCAAGGUUCAGCCUCUGCUGCUGAAGUUCUGUUGCACACGGCGACAGCCAAUGGCUUCCAAAUGGUGACCAGCGGGGCGCAGAGCAAAGCCAUUAGUGACUGGCUCAUCACCAGCAUAGAGGGUCGGCUGACAGGUCUGGGAGGAGAGGACCUGCCUACCAUAGUAGUCGUAGCUCACUACGAUUCGUUUGGGGUUGCUCCAUGGCUCUCCCACGGUGCCGACUCUAAUGGCAGCGGGGUCGCCGUGCUCUUGGAACUGGCCAGGCUCUUCUCUCGCCUCUAUACCUACAAAAGGACCCACGCUGGGUAUAACCUGCUGUUCUUUGCAUCUGGAGGUGGCAAGUUUAACUACCAAGGGACCAAGAGGUGGCUGGAAGACAACCUGGACCACACAGAUUCCAGUUUGCUGCAGGACAACGUGGCUUUCGUCCUCUGUCUGGACACCCUGGGGAGAGGAAACAGCCUUCACUUACACGUCUCGAAGCCCCCCAAAGAAGGCACGCUCCAGCAUGCUUUUCUGAAGGAGCUGGAACUGGUGGUUGCCAGCCAGUUCCCAGAAGUGCAGUUCUCCAUGGUGCACAAGAAAAUCAACCUAGCCGAAGACAUGUUGGCGUGGGAGCAUGAGCGCUUUGCCAUCCGGCGUCUCCCGGCCUUCACGGUGUCUCACCUCGAGAGCCAUCGGGACGGCCUUCGGAAUAGCAUCAUGGACGUGAGGUCAGCUGCUGGGUCCCGGGUCGACUCAAGAGUCCUCACCCGCAACACCCGGAUCGUUGUUGAGGCAUUAACCCGGGUCAUCUACAACCUAACGGAAAAGGGGGUGCCCGCCGACCUCCCAGUCUUCACCGAGCAGAUGCAGAUCCAGCAGGAGCAGAUGGAGUCGGUGAUGGAGUGGCUCACCAGCCAGCCAAGGGCUGCCCAGCUGGUGGACAAGGACAGCACCUUGAUCAGCACGCUGGAGUACUACCUGAGCCGCUACUUGAAAGACGUCAAGCAGCACCACGUGAAGGCAGACAAGCGGGAUCCCGAGUUUGUGUUCUAUGACCAACUGAAGCAAGUAAUGAAUGCAUAUAGGGUCAAGCCAGCCAUCUUUGACCUACUCCUGGCUCUCUGUAUAGCAGCCUAUCUUGGGGUCGCCUACGUAGCCGUUCAACACUUUGGUCUCCUUUACAAGCUGGUGCAGAAGCUCUCCCUGAAAUCCAAGCAGCAGUGAACGGACGGACUGCCUGUCAGAACUGAGCCAUCGAAAGGAGCCUCUUCCAACCCGUGGCGCCCUGCCUUGGACGCUGCCACUGCUGCUCUUGGCCCUGUCCCCUCCGCUGCUCUGGAGCAGGGAGGGAAAGCGGAGACGUCACACACUCUCCACCUCCCUUCGCAAACCUGCACUACUACUACUACUACUUUCUUCCCCUUCCCUGGGAUGGAACUGCAGAGCUGCACCACUCCUUCAAAGAUGCUGUGGAGGGGGGGGGCGUGUCUCUUCUCUCUCCCCUCUCUCUUCUCCCCCACCCUGCCGCCUCCCCUCCCUCUCUCUUGUUCUUCUCCUCCUCCUCCUUGGAAAUCUUCCUCCUCCUGAACAAAAGACAUUUCGUAAGUGCGAAACUGCUGAACUGCAAGCGAGCGACACGUGCCAUACCUCCAGAUUUUAGGGGGCAGGAACCUUGGGGGCCAGGGGCAUGGAGGCCUGCCUGUCGAACCUAGAAUUUGGAGGGGUGUUCGGGGGGGGGGUUUGGUUAUGGUUUUUUGUUUUUUUUUAAUGUGCACAUGUAAAUUAAAAAGAACUAAGAGGUUUCUUCCUUUAGCGUACUGGGUCCUGGUUUUUGCAAUAUUGUUCUCCAAGUGGCAUCUAGGAUUUUUUUUUUUCAAUGUCUUCUGUCCUGUGGAGAAGGUGUGGAGGAAGGGCAAAGUGGUGCUGAGAUGGAAUAAUCCAGUGGUGGACAGCUGGCUAUUCCUCUGCGGGUGAAGGUCAAGUGUGCCGUCUAGUUGGUGUCAACUCCUGGCGACCACAGAGCCCUGUGGUUGUCUUUGGUAGAAUGCAGGAAGGGUUGACCAUUGCUCUUUCCUGCCCAGUAUGAGUUGAUGCCUUUCAGCAUCUUCCUGUAUUGCUGCUGCUGCCCAAUAGAGGUGUUUACCGUCGUCUGGGAAACAUACCAGUGGGGAUUCGAACCAGCAACCUCUGGCUUGGUAGUCAGUCUGUUUCUCUGCUGUGCCAUUAGCUCUGCGGGUACUUGUACUUAAAUCGGCUUGGAGCAGGAGUGCGUAAAAGGGACGCUUGGCAUCUAGAAUCUAACCCUUUUAGAGUGGAAGGGACCUUGGAAGCCUGCUGGUCUGAUCCACUGCUCAGCACAGGAGUCUGUUCCCCAACCUGGGGUCCUCCAGAUGUUGCUGAACUACAACUCCCAUCAUCCCCUGCUCCCAUUUAUUGUGUCUGGCGGGAGUUGAAGUCCAGCAGCAUCUGGAGGAUCCCAGGGUGGGAAACGCACUGUGCUAUAGCAUCCCUCACAAGAUGGCCGUCCAGCUCUCCAGUGGAGGCGAGCCCUUCCCUGGCUGGCUGUUUCACUGCCCAGCAACCCUUGCAGUUAAGAAGUUGCUCCUGAGGUCUAGCCUCAAUGAGUUCCGCAUGCAGUUUCAGCCCCUGGGUUCUAGUUCUGCCCUCAGGAGCUCCUACGCGACAGCCCUUCAGACACCUGAAGACUGCACGUCCCACAUAGCCGCCUCGUCUCCAAGCGAAACGCUCCCAACUCUUUUGUCAGUUCCUCAUUGGAGUCGGUUUGCAGACCGCAACCAUCCUUGCCGUCGUCCUCAGAGCACGUUCCAGUUCAUCAGUGUCCAGAUCUGGCCACACAGUUCCGAGUGAGGUCUGAGCAGCAUAGAAGAGAGAUCUUACUCCUUGCUUACUGGACAUGGAUGCUUCUGUUGAUGUAGCCGCCGAUUACAAUCGUCCCUUGCUAACCACGGAUUUGUCCAACACAGUUUUACAUCUAUGCAGCUGGAUUUUUUUAGGCGGUCUCAACAUGACUUAAGUGUGUGCAAUUUCCCCUCCUCUGCCUCCAGCCAGCAUGAGGUUCUUCACUACAUCCAGGGCCCCCUUCUCCCCAUCAGUUGCCUCCUUCAUCCCAAACCUCUCCCGGGCUUCCCUCCGUCACAGGCUUCCCUCCCUCCCAGGCACCCAUGUGCCCAGUUCUCCCUCAUACCUUGGCAGAGAUUUGCCAUCCCCUCCACACCAUUUUGCUUGCCCCCCCACUGUCUGCACACCAUUCUCGGGUCAGUGCUGGCACCCCCCCCCCACAGCCUCCCUCCACGGGGGCUCCCCUCCAGCAGGCGCUUUUGGUCGAACUGGGACUUACUGUAGAGUCUGUGGGGCAGCUCCCUUCCUGGGCCUCUAACCCCUCCUCUGGUCUCCGUUUACAGUUCAGUGAGUGACUUCAAAUCCCCCCCACACACACAUAUUUCUGAGGUGCAUUCGUGGCUGCAGUUCCCCCACCCGCUGGUUCCCAUAGAUUACUUCGUGGAAAAACAGGGUUUUGCUGGAAUGGAACCUUUGCAGUUGGCAAGGGGCGACUGUACAUUAGCAAAGUGAGCCACUCUGGUGCAUCCUGGCCUUCUAGGAAAAAAGAAAAAGUUGACGGCUCAGCCCUGCCAGCUGCCUACUGACUCACAGCCCACAACACACACUGUGUCCCAGGCCCCUGUUACUGAUUUUGGGGGGGAAGUCAGGGCUCCAUGGGUUCAGCUGAUGUGUUUUUUCAUGGCUAGAACCUAUAGAAGGCCUUGCCACUAAAAACAGGAUCUUUCUCGUAUACAAAGGUUCCAAAUAUGAUGGGCGAUGAAGUCCAACAACAGCUGGGGACUGAAGGCUGAGGACCCCUGCUGUUGGUGGAGCCUCUUGGGCGUUGCAUCGUGAUGCUGAGCAGUGUAUCCAAAUGUGUAAAUACAUUCAGCACACACAUCCCUACCCCUAGACCAAAUGCAUGCAAUAGUCACUGCCAGGAAAAGUGCAUGGGAACACUGUUUUUAAAAAGUGAACUGACUUCUUUGUUAAUAUUUCAGAUCAAAAAGCUGCAAUAAAGAAGGGAAAUCACAGAUAGUCUAUGAUAGUAAAGAGUUUUUAUAACCCAUGUUGCUUUCCAAAGGGGGAGAGCAACUGGCCCAGUCCAUCCCCAGUACAGCAUCCCUCCAGUGGCUGUUGCUGGUGCCUAUCUUGUGUUUGUUUUUUAGACUCUGAGCCUGUGUGUGUGUGUAAAUAAAAUCUUGCUCUGCAAACUGCUUUGGGAACAUUUUGUUGAAAAGUGUGUGUGUGUAUAUAUAUUCGUCAGAUCAUUUUACAUCCUUAUACCCAUUAGCAAACUCGAAUCAAAACUAAAGAGAGAUCUGUUCUAAGUAUACAAAUAUGACAAAAAUUUAUAUACUGCUUUCAACAAAAGUUUCCAAAGUGGUUUACAUAAAUAGAAAUAAAAUGGCCCCCUGUCUCCAUAGGACUCACAAUCUUUAAAAAAAGAAACACAAGGUAAGACACCAGCAACAGCCACUGCAGAGAUGCUGUGCUGGGGAUGGAUAGGGCUAGUUGCUCUCCCCCCUGCUCGAUAAAAGAGAAUCUCCGCUUUUAAGAGGUGCCUCUAAAAUACCAGUUGGUUUUGGGUAGCACUUACACUUACAUUUACAUUACAUUUAGCACUUACAGUAGAAAGUAGGGUAGAAAGGGAAUUGGAAAUGGCUUCUUGCGCAGCUCCUAAUUUGUUUUAUUUAUGGUCCCAUUUUUAUCCCUUCCUCCAAGAAAGCCAGGGCAGCAUAAAGGGGUCAGUUUUCCUCUUCCUGCUGUCCCUGUGCAAUAGCAUAGGAAAGAGCCACUGCUCAAAGGGUCAGCUGCUGAGUUAUGUAGCUGAGCAAAGAGCUGAACACAGGUGGUUAAUGUCCAGCACUAGCUACUACAUGCCACUGCCUCUCAAGGGUUGGGCUUCUGUAUGUGGCAAAAGAGGAUUUUGUGAAAGACACAGAACAAAACUGUCAGCAGGGAGCUAAAGGGGGAAUGCAAAAUGUUGAACAUAGGAAGCUGCCAUAUACUGAGUCAGACCAUUGGUCUAUCUAGCUCAGUAUCGUCUUCACAGACUGGCAGCAGCUUCUCCAAGGUUGCCGGCAGGAAUCUCUCUCAGCUCUAUUUUGGAGGUGCUGCCAGGGAGGGAACUUGGAACCUUCUGUUCUUCCCAGAGCGGCUUCAUCUCCUGAGGGGAAUAUCUUGCAGUGCUCACACAUCAAGUCUUCCAUUCAGAUGCAACCAGGGCAGACCCUGCUUAGCUGUGGGGACGAGUCAUUCUUGCUACCACAAGAGCAGCUCUCCUCCCCAUUGAGAAGGGCAGCCCCCAGAACUAGCAAUAUGGUUUGUGUGUACACAAUUUUGUAAACUUAAAUACUGCAAGACAUUUUUGGACCGUGUUUUCAAGACGGUGAGCAGGAGGAGUGGAGCAGUCUGCCUGAGAAGGGUCCGUGCAUCAUGUGAGAUGGGUGGAGUGUGACAAACCAAGGUCAAACCUUGGAUAGGAAUUGAAGGUUCUCGAAAUAAACCAUAGUUUGGCUGGCAAAGGUUCAGAAACACAACCUAGAUAAAAUAUAUGAUGGGGCCGUAACUCAGGGAUGCCUGAAACCGUGGAGGGCCACUGCCAGUCAGUGAAGGCGAUCCUGAGCUAGAUGCAACAAGGGUCUGACUCAGCAGAAGGCAGCCUCUGCUGAGAAGCCAUAAGUUGAUACAGCAGAGCACUUGGUUUGCAAGCAAAAGGUCCCAGGUUCAAUCCCUGGCAGCAUCUCCAGGUAAGACUGGGAAAGAACUCUGUCUGAAAUUUAGUGAGCAGCUUCCAGUCCUAAACUAGAUGGAUCAAUGGUCUGACUCCAUACAAGGCAACUCCCUGUGUUCCUAAAACAUGGAACAUUGGAAGCUGCCAUAUUCCAAGUCAGACCAUUGGUCUGUCUAACUCAGUAUUGCCUUCACAGACUGGCAGCAGCUUCUCCAAGGUUGCAGGCAGGAGUCUCUCUCAGCCCUAUCUUGGAGAAACCAGGGAGGGAACUUGAAACCUUCUGCUCUUCCCAGAGCAGCUCCAUCCCCUAAGGGGAAUAUCUUCUCACACAUCAAGUCUCCAUCCCCUAAGGGGAAUAUUUUCUCACACAUCAGGUGCUCACACAUCAAGUCUCUCAUUCUAAUGGAACCAGGGCGGGCCCUGCUUAGCUAAGGGGACAAGUCAUGCUUGCUGCUACCACAAUGCUUCCUUCUGCCCCAAUCCUUCUUCCCCUAAGGAGAAGGAGUGGCAUUGUUUGGAUGUUCGCGAGGCACUUAAGAUUUAUCUCAGGCGCACCAGUGCCUUUCGGGUCUCAGAGUCCAUGUUCAUUUCUUUCAGGGACUGUUCCUUGGGGAAGAAAGUCAGUGUAUUCACUUGGCCUGUGUCUCUGCUGGGGUGGCUACUCCUGCAGGCAUUACAGCCCAUUCGGCUAGAAGUGCCACUGCUUCUGCGGCCUUUUCAACUCACGUGGGCUUCCUUAUCCACCUUCAUACGGCACUAUAAGAAUCACGAUAAGAAGUUUUCCUAGGUCUACAAAUGUAUAAUACUAAACCUGCAAAUUGCCUGGAUAAGAUUACCAUGACUAAGUAUCGCAGGAUGUUCACACUGGCCAGAUUUAAUGUGCUACCUUCAGCUGAACUUGAAGGUGAAUUUAGAGGGAUAUCAAAAGAGCAGAGACUAUGCCCUUGUGGCUCUGGAGAACAGGAGUCUAUCUUUCAUAUUUUACUCCGCUGUCUCUUCUAUAGGGACUUUCGAACUUGUUAUAUUUUCUCAUUACUGACUGAUUUCCCAGGACAUACAGAUGUAUUUUACGUCAACUAUCUGCUCUCAGAUCAGAAGGAGGAAGUAACAUUUAAAGCUGCUAAGUUCUGUGAAGCAACUAAGAAUGUUAGACAGCAGAUGGUAAACCAGAUUAUGCAAACGGGAAACUGCUGAUUAGGAUGAGUCUAUGUUUCUGUUUAUAUCAUGUAUAUAUUAUUACUAUAUCACGUGUAUUAUUAUGUAUGUUUUAAAUUUUGGUCUAUGACCGUAAAUAAACAUGAUUGAUUGAUUGA